AUGAAGCUAUUUUUCGUUUACUUCGCUGCUCUCCUGGUUGCUAUCAACUCGUUUGUGAUUGUACAUCGCGGACAUCCUCAUGGUUCGGAAGGACUCGUGGAAGCUAUUGAAGCUGGAAAAGGUGGUGAUGGUGGAAAGGGUGGAGAUGGAGGAAAGAAUGGUGAUGGCGGAAGAGGAGGAGAUGGAGGAAAUGGUCAUUAUGGCGUACAAUCUGUUCUAGUUGGUUCUGGUGGACAUGAAGGGAAUGGCGGAAAUGGAGACUCUGGAAAAGGUGGUGGAAACGGCGGAAAUGGAGGCAAUGGAGGCAACGGGCACUUUCAGCUAGAAGCUACAGCACUUUUGGACGACGCCGGGCGUGGUGGAAAUGGAGGUCGUGGAGGCAAUGGUGGUAAUGGUGGGACUGGAGGAGCUGGAGGAGCCGGCGGAUCCGGAGGCAAUGGUGGGGACUGCGGAGAAUCUGGGCAACCUGGUGAGCCGGGACAUGCUGGAAAAGAUGGUCAAGGUGGUAGAGGUGGAGCUGGAGGAGCUGGAGGAGCGGGUGGAGCCGGUGGAAACUGUGAGAAUGGAUCCGGACGUGGUAAAUAA